AUGGCCCCCAAAUCCAAACUCCUCUCACACGACGAAAAGCCCAAACGCAAACCCCACAUCCCCCGCAAACCCCUAACAACCCAAGGCAAGAUCCUGAAAGCGCAGGCCAUCAAAGAGAAGAAAGCAAAGAACCAACCCCGCGAAGCACCACCAGGCUCUGAAAUGGCAGACGCGCCAACCAAAAAAUCUUCGUCCAAGGCACGCUCCUUCGCACCCCCAGAUGAGGCAGAUCUCAUGGUCGAAGCACUCAAACAACAGAACCUCGCCAAAGCCCGCGGCCAGAAGAAACAGGAAGGAUGGAACAUCCGCAAGAGACCGCUCACAACGCAGCAGAAGAUCGCUGCCGCGAUGGCGAUCAAGAGGGCGAAGGGAGGGAAGGAUAACGCUGCGCCGGCGGGACGGCAGGGGAAGGUGCCUGGACUGAUGAGUAUUCUUCGCUCGCAGGAUAGGGAGUUCUUGCCGGUGACGACGGAGGGGAGGGAGGCGAUUGGAGGUGGUGGAGAGGGGAUGAUGAGUUGGGGUGAUAUCAAGAGUGCGGAGGAUAAGAGGCAGGAGAAGAAAGAAGAGGAGAGGUUGGCGAGUGUGUUGUUCCAGCCGACUUUGAGGGCGAGGAAGUGGAGGGAUGCGAAUGGGUUGAGGGAGUUUGCGGUGGUGGAGAAGGUGAAGGACGCGGAGCAGGCUGGAGAUACUCAGCGAUCGGGAACCUCGAAGGAAGGCGAAGAAGCUGUUUCCAAGGCUAAGCCGACUGCAGGCUGGUUCACUGGACUUCCCGACGAGGUUCGCAACCGGAUCUGGAAGCUCGUGGUGGUCGAUGACAAGAGCUGCAUCUGGCCGACUUCGCCGACUGGACGUGAGCAGCCUGACUUGGCCAUGAGUUGCAAGCAGAUUCGACAGGAGGUAUUGCCGAUAUACUACGGGCUGAACACCUUCGGCAUAAGCUUGCAGAAGGAGCCUAUCGCUGUUGAACCUACCAAGUUGUUCCAGAAGAAGUCGCUCACGGGUCUCGCGGCUGUGCAUAAGUGGGCAAGUACCAUUGGCAAUGAAGACACGACUUGGCUGUCGAUGAUCCAGAGCUGGGCAUUCGAGUACCAGGAUCCGUCGAUUCAAUGGCGCCACGGAGCGGUCUACGAGGAUGAUGACUCCUUUGUGAUCUCGAUGAAGAUCAGAACCAUCAGGCAAGAGCGUCCAGAAGGCGAUGAGGAUGUCGAAGAAGCAGAAGCAGGCGAAGAGGUGCCGCCUCCUCUUCUCACUGCGGAUGCCGGAGUACAUGUCGAAGCCUCGUGCUUCAUGCCCGACUGGCCUGAGUGCGGAAAGUGUCGAGUUCCAUCGGCACCCAUUGAGCUUCGAGCGGCUGUCAUGUGGAUGGUGGGGGCUGGUAUUACCGCCAACACUCUUUAUAAGUUCGCGAACGAGCUCAGAAGCGUACUCCCAACGCUCAGCAGAGCGAGGUGUAUCCGCAUCGAAGGAGGAUCGAGGUUAUAA